GGCUGAGGUAUUUCACCAAGAGCAGUUGCGCUGUGCUGUCGGUGGGUGGCGCUGCUCAGCGUUUGGGCAGCAGGAAGUUAAGUAACAUCCACAUCACAUCCGCGAAGAACAACGGCAACAACAGAGAGCUAAAGGAUCCUAGACAGACUUUUCUUACAACCUGUAAAUGCCAUCUGGACCUUCAAAGGGGGAGAACUGCCUUGUAGACAUGGACAGUAAGGCUGGAGAUCUGUUCAGUGCUGAGGAUGCUCAUCCAACAGGCACAGGUGGAACUGGAAUCUUGGCAAAGCUCUGGCUCCCUAAGGGACUCUCACCCAGUAUGGCUAAAGAGUGGUUUGACAGACGCCGUGUGUCCAUCAGACCUUGGGCCAGCUUUGUGGACCAACGCAAGUUUUCAAAACCCCGCAAUUUUGGAGACUUGUGUCAGAGGGUGGUAAAAAAUGUUGAAACUUACAAUAGCAACUAUACCUUCAUCUUCCUCGGCCUCAUCCUCUACUGCAUUAUCAGCUCUCCUAUGCUACUGAUUGCCUUGGCUGUGUUUGCUGGUGCCUUCUAUAUAAUCCACCUUAAAGCUCUUGAGUCCAAACUAGUUGUCCUCGGCAAAGAGCUGACUGUUCCUCAUCAGAUGAGUUUGGCUGGAGCUAUCUCCCUACCUGUGUUCUGGUUGGCUGGAGCUGGAGCUGCGGUCUUUUGGGUUCUUGGAGCAACCCUGUUUGUGAUUGGAUCUCAUGCUGCUUUCCGUGAGCUCGAAGGGUCUGACAUGGAGGAGCUGCUCAUGGAGCCGGUGUAAAAGCAAACUGAGCCCCCAGCAGUCUUCCGUUAGAUCCAACUGAGGGUUGAGGAAUAAUUGCUUUUCCACCUGUUGUUUAGCUACAUUUGCAUCCUGUAUCUUACCUAUGCCAAUCAACAAAGCACCUUGUCUUGCCUCCUAAAUUGUUGUUGUUACAGCCUGCCUUCAUAUUGAGAACUGACGUACGUUACUAUGCGUUUGAGCAAAUAAAGGAUUUGUAUAUAUCUAAGCCCAGGUUUAUACAGAUUAUGCCUUUCUUUGUAUGUGUUAAACUUUGAAUGCCUCUGGUGUGUGUGUGUGUUUGUGGGUGAAAUUGCUUCUCACUCCCCACAGUGUUCCUUAUGCUUUGACAUAUUGUUCCGUUCACAUUACUAUUCUCCUAAAUAACCUGCUGUGCUCUGCAGUAGAUGAUUCUAUUGAUAUAGGCUCAGUUUGACAGGAAAGCAGAUGUUUUAAAAACAUGUAAAUAUUGUGUAAAACAUGCAUUGUGCCAUUUAAAGCUUUAUAAUGUGUCUCCUAAAAUGGUGAUGCACAAGUAAAGCAGAAGGUUUUAUACGCACACUCAUAAAAUAGUUUUAGAUUAUUUGGCUAGAAAAGGUCAGUACUUGGUAAAGGUGUUUUUGUAUUUGGGGAUAAAUAAUACUUUGCUGUCUGUGUGCAUCUGUGUGUGUGUUCUGCUUACAGCAUUCCAAUAAAAAGGUCAUUCUGUAUAAAAUGUCUUUUUUAACCACGUAUUUACAUUUUAAUGCCAGUUGGGUGUUUGGUAUUUAAAACAUUUCGGAAGUGCAAUAAACCCCUGAUGCAAAGAUA